UCAAACCUUCAUGAUACGAUUGGGAGGAUGCACACAUUUCUCCACACUGCUAGUAAUAGGACUCGUGGUUUGCUGAUUUUGACCAGUCUCAUCAGCCAAUGUGAUGCCGAAGAUUUAAACCAGCACAUGUCUACUUGGCUUAAAGUCAUCAUUCACAUAUUACAGUCGAGGGAGCCCCCGGUUGUUCUGAAGCUGACCUGCCAUGUGUGUUGUCAGAUCAUUAGAAUAUCACCCUGCCACAUUUCCCUAAAGAAAGCUGUGCAGACAUUUAUACCCCAGCUUAUUCCUCUGCUUCUAGGAGCUUCUGACGAGUGGAAGAGGCACUCUAUAGCAGUACUGAACGCCUGUAUAACUCACUAUAGCGGGACCUGUGGACCAUUUAAGAGUAAAAUCGAAGACCUUAUCAAAAAGGAACUUCAUUCUGGCUCUCUGACUAAGGAGUCUGUGCUGUGCUUCUGUCUGUUGGCCUGCUGUGGCACCAGUGGUAAUCAGAGGAUCAAAUACACAGAGGGCUGGAGUUCACAGGUCACUUACCUGUUAAACGACCUCCACUCUAUAACUGACCACAUCUACAGAGACCUACCCAAUUCAGGUGAUGCUUAUUUCCCCACUCUAAUCUCAGGUUUACCAAUGACUGAGGAAGAUGGUAUCCCAGAAUCCUUUAGGGCAGUAGAUCCAGUGACACAGUUCAGUAUUCUCAUGCAGUGUCUCCAGAGGAUGCUCAGGAAACCCUUCCCUGCUCUGAUAAAACUGCCUGUUGAGAGGAUUCUCCACUUUGUUGAUAAAGUUCUAUCUGUAGACGACGCCCAAUUAAGGAUGGUGAGUUCACUGAAUAGCUCUGUCCUACUCCUCCACAGAGAAGCAGUGGAUGUUAUUGAUGCCCUGUAUGAGAGUUGUAAAAAAUUGAUGUUGGCAUACAACAAGAAAGUUGUUCGAGUGUUAACAAGAGAGCUGAUACGGACUUCCUCUGACUCUGCAUACAUACAAGCUAAGCCACUCAGAGAACUAAGACAGGCUGUGUAUAGAACUCUGGAGACGAUGAUGAAAUCUACGGGCUGUUUCCUGGAAACUGUGAGAGAAGAAGAUAACCUGGUUCAAGAAAUACUGACUGACUGUAAACCAUUGGAGUGUAAGAGUUCACUUCAAGUACAGAAUGUGGCAGAGCCUUCACCUUCCAAGAAAAAGAAAAUGAUGGUCAACAUUGAUAAGGUGGACACAACCACAGAGCUGCUUAACAGGGUGACCAGUACCUGUACAGAAUGUGCUUUACAAGCAUUGUACUGGUGGACACUUGCAGAUGGAGUCAAAAUGAAGACCAAAACUUUUCAGCGAGUGUGUGAUUUCAUUAUCACAACAGCAUUGACAGUGUACAGAGGUGGACCUGACAAGUUAUUCCCUUACAACAACUGGAGAUGUAGGCUCCACCUACUGAGGGUCCUACAGGCAUGUGUGAUGACCCCACACAAAGAAGGGUCAUCACCUCUACAGUGUGCAGUGGCCAUAUUCAAAAUAGCAGAGCAAGAUGACAAUCUACAGGUUUCCUCGUUUUGUAUAGAAGCACAAAGAGUUUGUGAGAUUCUGAUUCAUCCUCAGGCUCCUUGUUUGACUGCCACACGAUUUGUGACUCAGGAGAAGAUAACUCCUCCAGUGUCUGACAGCAUACUGACACCAAGUGGCAGUGACAGUCAACAGCCAGGCAGUGACUCACAGCACUCAACCAAUCAAAGAGUGUCUAACAUCGUACUGACAACAGGCAAUGAUAGAUCUCCUAGUCAACAGACAAACAGCGACACAGCUCACUCAACCAAUCACCACACACAAGAUUCAAGUCACCUAUCACCUGAUGUAGAAGAAAACACAGAUGGCAUUGAGAGCAUGGAAACUGGAAGGGAGGAAGAGAAUCAGGGUAUACUAAGUGAAAUUGACAGCAACUCAUCUUGUGUGGAGGUCAUAGAUACUCCCAAAAAUCAGGAGGGAGAAAUGAGGUCAUAG